AUGGAUUCCAAGGACACCCUGAUCUACCUCCUUCGACGAGACCUCCGCACUGCUGAUAAUCCCAUCCUCCACUCCUUAAGCACCCAGAAGGAUCUACCAUUCACCCACGUUCUCCCACUGUACAUCUUCAACUCACAGCAGUUGGAGGUCUCUGGCUUUGUCACAGAAGGAGAGAAGAGUCCUUACAAGGAGGCACGUAGUCAGGUUGCUGGUUUCUGGCGCUGUGGGCCACAAAGAUCAAAGUUCUUGGCAGAGAGUGUCUGGGAUCUGAAAAAAGGACUCGAGAAGCUCGGCAGUGGGCUCUGCAUUAGAGUUGGCUCGACAUCAGACGUAGUCAGAGAACUCAUCCCUCAGCUGAAUGGAAAGCCAGGCUUGAAGGUCAGAGCUAUCUGGAUGGUUGGAGAGGAGGGUGUUGAGGAGAACAGAGAGGAGCGAGCCGUCAGAGAUAUUUGCACCGAGGCCGAUGUUGACUUCAAGCUGUGGAAUGACGAAAAGUAUCUCAUCGAUGACCGCGAUCUUCCCUUCAACAACAUUGACGAACUUUCGGAUGUUUUCACAACUUACCGGAAGACAGUUGAGCCUAUUCGCGAACAUCCUCGAGCAGCUCUCCCUGUUCCAGAGCAAGACUCCUUGCCGGGAUACCCCCCUCUCGCAGAAAUCACUCCUCAAUUCAAACCUUUCGCUAUUCCUGAUACCUUCCAAGCACUCCUUAACGCGCUUAUGAAGCCCCUCAACGCUCAAGACCUCGUUCCCGAGCGACUUCCAUAUCCUGCGGAUACCAAGUCAGCACACCCAUUCCCUGGAGGCGAGGCUGAAGCUCUUGAGCGACUUGACUACAUCAUCAGUAGCGACGCUGCUUCCAACUACCACAAUACCCGUAAUGGCCUCCUCGGUGAAGACUUUUCUACCAAGCUAUCCGCAUACCUCGCGCUAGGCAGCAUUACAGCCCGUCAAAUCCACGCCGCACUGGUCAGCUUCGAAGACGGCACAGACACCAAAUUCGAAUCUGCUGUUGGCUAUGGACGCGGUGAGAACGAGGGCACCAAGGCAAUCCGUUUCGAGCUGCUCUGGAGAGAUUAUAUGCAUCUCUGUAAUAGAAAAUUCGGUCCCAAGCUCUUCUUCCUUGGCGGCUUCAAGUCCGAUAACGAGCAACGAUGGACCAGUCUCUCUAACGCCGGUGAACAGCCCCCCUCAGACGUCCGAUCCAUUAUCGAGCGCUUCACCAACGGCACUACCGGGAUGGGACUCAUUGACGCUUCACUCCGAGAACUCAUCCACACAGGUUAUACCUCCAACCGUGCCCGUCAAAACGUCGCCUCCUUCCUCGCCAAGCAUCUCCAUAUCGACUGGCGUAUCGGCGCAGAGUGGUACGAGUGCAUGCUUGUUGAUUAUGACCUCUCUUCAAACUGGGGCAAUUGGCAAUACCUGGCUGGCGUAGGCAAUGAUCCUCGAGGCCCUACCCGAAUCUUCAAUCCUGUGAAGCAGGCCUUUGACUAUGAUCCCCAAGGUGACUACGUCAAGGCAUGGGUUCCCGAACUCCGCGGCCUUACGGAACCAAGCGAGAUCUUCCAAGCUUGGACUAUGUCAGAUGCUAAGAAGUCCGAACUGAGUCUGAAAGGCAAAGACUGGGUUGAAAAGCCGCUGUUGAAGAUUGACUUCACCGUUGGUCGAAAGGGACGCAACCUCGGUCGCGGCGGACGUGGAGGCGGCGACAACCGUCGGGGCGGAGGUGAAAACCGCGGUGGACGAGGGGGCGGUGAUAGCAUGGGUCGUGGAGGCCCGCCUCGCGGCGGAGGAUACGGUGGACGCGGAUACGGCAACACGAGAGGCCAUGUGCGGGGCUAUGGACGCGGACGGGGUGAUGGCGGUGGGAGGGAGUUCCGGGCGGGUAUGAUGGAUCAGGAGGGAGGGGCAUACGCGCAGUAUGUUGCUGCUCAGUGGGUGCCUACUAACUGA